AUGGCCCAACCAAUGGGCUUGACGCUCGAUGAUAUUGUCUUCGACGAAGCCACGCCGGAGCAGCAGCGCAUUGCUCUUGAACUAAGAGCUGAAGCCUGCACUAAUCCUCACGAAUUCAUCGAGCGCGAGCGUCACCUCACACAACAUGAGCUUACUCGCUCUGACUGUCGACAGUGGGUCCUCUAUCUCAAGGGAUACCCAAGACAGAUCAUCGCGAGCUGUGAAGCUAUACGCCAAAAGAUCCUCGUCUCCGAUGGAACUGCUAGGGAGUCAUAUGGUUACACCAUCCGACACGUCUUCACAACACCGGUUUGGCGUCGAUUAGGCAUGGCUGCGUAUCUGCUCCGCUAUGUGAAGGAGCGGAUGGACGAAGACAGUGAAUGCAGCGUGUUCUUCAGCGACAGCGGAAGGGAAUACUAUACCGGUCUUGGAUGGUUGGCAUACCAGGGAAAGCAAGCUAACCUCAUCCUGCUUUCCCUGCCGCAAUCGCCCCCCCUCACGCCUAUCGACUCACCACCACAGACCCCAGGAGAGGGACCACGGCCCCGAGCCCCAUCGUUCUCAUAUCGGCCUACAGGGCGCGCUGAUGCUGUCACGGUAGACCUUCUUCGGCUCGAGGAUCUCCCUUUGCUUUGCAAGCAAGACAACUACCAGCUCAGCGCUCGCUUCAGAGACAUGCCGUCUGGCAAGAAGACGCAUGUAGCCUUUGCCCCAACCUAUGCCCGUCUAGAAUGGCAGCUUGCCCGCGCUGAAUUUGACGCGGUGAAAAUGACGGGGAAGUCGAUCACUUACAAGGGCGCCAAGACGGGCAACUCGAGGAGCUGGUUAUACUGGGCGCAUGAUAUCCCAGCCAAGAAACUUCGGAUUCUGAGAAUUGUGCAUGGGGUGGAGUGCCAGACUAAGGCUCAGAAAGUCGCCGAUACGCAGGUUCUCCUUGAGGCAGCCCUGGCCGAGGCAAAAGAAUGGGGGCUACCCAGAGUCGUGCUUUGGAACCCAGAUGAGGACGUGAUUACGGGGUGCAAAGCAGUUGGGAACAGGAACACGGCGAGCGUAAAGGUUGUUUUUGAUCAGCAAAUGGGUGGUUGUGUACCGAGCUUGCGGUGGAAGCCCUCGGAGCCGGGAGUGCCAGUACGAGUGAUUGAGUGGGAGGACAAUUACGGAUAUUGCUUGCCUUGA